AUGGCGGAUAGCUCGCAACAGAUGAGCUUUCAGGCUGGAGAGGCGAAGGGCCAAGCUAAGGAGAAGACAAGCAAUUUGAUUGAGAAAGCUAGCAAUGCAGCUCAAUCAGCGAAAGAGACCGUGCAAGAGGCAGGCCAACAGAUGGUGGCUAAGGCUCAAGGAGCCGCCGAGGCUGUGAAGGAUGCCACCGGAUUGAACAAAUGAACCCAUUUAUUUUUCUUUUUUGUUAUUAUUGGAGAGAGCUCUAUAUAAUAAUGUAAUGGCUCGUUC